CUUCGACCAGUCGUUUGCCGUUUGCCAACCGUUUGCCAGUGUUUGCCGAGCGCCGUGAGCCGUGAGCACUGUGUGGGAUUUUGCAAGGAAUUCAUUAGAACAGAUAGCAACCGACCAGCCGAAUCUCUGUAUCUGUAUAUCGUUUAACAGCGACGCACAUCAAAAAUUUAAAUCAAUUUAAGCAGAAAGCGAAACAACUUGGUGCUCAACUUAACGAGUGUUUUGAAAAAUAUAUUCAAAUAUAUAUUAGAAAUGCAGUACAUCUAUGUGAUUAGUGCGCUAAUUUUGGCCAUAGCCGUGCAGCAAGGCUCCGCCAUUAAAUGUUUUGUCUGCAACAGCCAUAAAGAUGCCAACUGCGCACUGGACAUACCACCCGAGAGCUUGCAGAAGGACUGUGAUGAGCAGCACUCGUCCCGGGGCAAGGGAAUUCCCACCUAUUGCCGCAAGAUAACACAGAUCAUCGAAUUCUCAGUAAACAGCCUGCCCCCAGAUAGCCGAGUGAUAAGGACCUGUGGCUAUCAGAACCAGACCUCCACCAACUACUGCUAUCAGAGGGCUGGCUUUGGAGGACGCCAGGUGGUCUGCUCCUGUGAUACGGACAACUGUAACGGUGCUGGGGCGAUGAGUGCCUCCGUGGUGGGUGUGGCAGCUAUGGUGGGUCUCCUGCUGGGCGCCUGCCAGUGGCUGCAGCGUUAAGGAGUCCGGAGAAGAGGGUGCCGCCUCAGUUGUUUUUGUUUGUUUUAUCGAUGCAUCCACCCAGUUUUUUGUUUCGUAUUGUUGCUUACUGUUUUGACUUCUGUGACCCUUUCACCGCUUUCCCCCCCAUCUACAAGGUCCACGCGAUGAGCUGCUCCAGAGUCUGCUCUGGGCAAGCCUGAUUUUAUAACAUUUUUUGAAUGGAAUGAACCGUAAAAAGCUUUAUACAAAGUAUUAAAUAUUAAAACAUAAUUCCUUAAAUUGAAGUGUAUAUAAAAAUAUAAAGAGAUCAGUAACAAUUUGGCCAAUAUAACCGUUCAAAUCUAUUUACAUAAACAUUUAAUGAGAAUGAAAAAUAACGAUAUAAAACUAAAACCUACCGCAGUUGAAAGUAUUUAAAAAAAAACAAACAUCCCGAAAAUAAACGAAUAAGUCAGAAAAGACGCCACAAAAGCUAAACAAUGUUGAAAUUUAAGGCUACCACAAGGAAAAUCCCGAUAUAAUAGUAGAAAAUAAAAACUAUAAAUGUUAACACUUUUUGUCUAAGUUUUCUCUAAUUUUUAUUUUCAUAAGACUUAAAAAAAAUCUUUAAAAAGCAAGCAGAAGCGCCACAUAGAAAAAUAAUAAAGUAUUUAAAAAAAAGCGAAAAAAAAUUUAAAACACUUUGUAGAUUAAUUAGCAGAACGAUCGAGACGUAAUGGAGGAGGAAUCCAGAACCAAAGGAACUCCUAGGAUAGUUGUGACACGCUAAUAGGCGCCACCACGCCCACAUCUACUGCACUCCCAAGUGAAAACACUCGUUGUUGUAACCAACUGCCAAAAGAAACCAAAAAAUAAAUGAAAAUGGAAACCCUUUGAAGCAAUUUCACCAAAACCAAGCUAGGAGAUACCAAAUCCCCCAGAGGAAACACCAAUGCUCUUUUUGUCCAUCGUAGCAAUGUUACAGAAACCAAAGCAAGAAAUACAUCAUUUUUUAGUUCGAAUAGCAAAAUAACAGUUUAUAGUGACAAUUUUUUAGUUAAGAAUCUCCUCUAAAUGCAAUAUUUAUAAUGCAAUAAAAUUGUAAAAUGUUUAAAGUGAAAAACAAUAAAUAUGAAUACAAAAGUU